AUGCCUAUCGAUCCCAUCGAUCCGAGUCCACUCGAGAAAGACACAACUAAUAGAGAAAAGGAACAGUUCGCACCGCGAAAGUCCCUCCCGGCCAGCGAGACCAACCAACCAUCGGCAUCCCAUGCAGAAGACCCCGAGUAUGCCGAUAAAGAAACAAAAGAAAUCCAUCGAGGUGGAAAGCGUGAACUCCUCGAAGACGAAUGUUACGAUAAGCUUGGGUUCUGUUUCCCUUGGUACAAGAAGUGGGGUAUUCUGUCCGUCAUCUUUGCCGUGCAGAUGUCGAUGAAUUUCAACACCGGUGUAUACGCGAAUGCUGUCCCGGGGUUAACAGAAGAAUUUGGGAUAAGUGACCAGGCGGCGCGGGUAGGGCAGAUGAUCUUUCUUGUAGCGUAUGCAUUCGGCUGUGAACUUUGGGCGCCAUGGAGUGAGGAAUUCGGUCGGUGGCCGAUCAUGCAGCUUAGUCUUUUCCUCGUGAAUAUCUGGCAGAUUCCUUGCGCGGUGGCUCCAAACUUUGGGACUAUCGUGGUGUGUCGGUUCCUGGGCGGGAUCAGCUCAGCAGGAGGGUCGGUUACACUUGGAAUGACGGCCGACAUGUGGGAAGCGAAUGAUCAAGGUUAUGCCGUUGCGUAUGUGGUUUUAUCAUCCGUCGGGGGCUCAACAAUUGGACCCUUUUUCGGAGGAUUCAUCGGCGAAUAUCUUUCAUGGCACUGGGUGUUCUGGGUGCAACUGAUAUUCGGCGGGGUCACGCAAGCCCUGCACUUCUUCAUCCCUGAAACACGCGCAACGAUACUGAUAGACCGGGAAGCUCGACGUCGCCGUAAGAAUGGAGAUGAUGUAUGGGGCCCGAACGAACUCAAAGAGCCGCGGUUGGAAGCAAAGGACGUGCUACGGAUAUGGCGCCGCCCAUUCGAGAUGUUCCUGCGCGAGCCGAUUGUCCUAUUCCUAUCUCUUCUUUCAGGUUUCUCCGAUGCUUUGAUUUUUGUCUUUACUGAAUCGUUCACCCUCGUUUUCACACAAUGGGGCUUCAGCACCCUGGCAGUAGGAAUGUCCUUUGGCUCAAUCCUAAUCGGCUAUCUCAUUGCCUACUUCAUGUUCCUCCCGGAUAUCUGGCGCCAACAGCAUAUCCGACAAUCAGAAGGGUCUGGCUCUCGACUUGCUGAACGUCGCCUUUUAUUACUGCUCUUUAUAUGCCCGCUUGAGCCCAUCGGUCUCCUAGGAUUCGCCUGGACAACCAUGGGUCCCGAAUAUACUCCUUGGAUCGCCCCAUGCAUCUUCGCCUGUUUAAUCGCCAUGGCCAACUACGCCAUCUACAUGGCCACAAUCGACUACAUGGUCGCCGCCUACGGUCCAUAUUCAGCCUCUGCAACUGGAGGAAAUGGCUUCGCGCGGGACUUCCUGGCUGGGAUUGCUACCAUGUAUUCAACGCCGAUGUAUGAGAAUAUCGGGGGUAGACUUCAUCUCCAAUGGGCUAGUACAUUGCUCGGGUGUAUUGGGGUCUUAGUUAUGAUUCCGAUUUACGUCUUUUACUGGAAGGGGCCGGCGAUUAGGGCACGGAGCAAGUUUGCUCAGACACUUGAAGCGGAUCGGCAGCAGCAUCCGGGGCGUCGGGGUAGUUAUCAUAAAGGGUAUUAG